AUGGACCCAUCACUCGAAAGUGAUGUUCUAAACCGAAGAUCGUUAAUUCUAACGUACCGAAAUUACAAAAACGACACGGAGUACAUCGCUGGUUGGCUCGCAUGGACAUCGGGGAAAUGCGGAUACAUCAGAGCUAUCAACGAGCCGGAGCCUCAGCAGAAGGCGCCGCGGAAGAGGGGAAAGGCAGGCAAAGCUCGUAAGCCAGCCAAGAAGACGCCGGAGCCUGUGACCCCAGCUCAAUAUCCUAUACGCGUCUCCGAGUUCGUAGAGAUGGCUGAACAUAUUGCUUCAUUUGAUCCCAAGAUUGAAGUCCCAGCUGCGCUACAACAGGUGUUUGACCGAGUGAUCUUAGCUCGGAGCAAAGUGGCCAGUUGGUUCGAGAAAGGGCACUCGACCGAUUACGUCAGCAACCACAGGCACUCCUACUUUAUCACCGUUCUGGAAAAGGCGGCAAAACUGCUGAAGCCUCUGAUACCAGAGACGCCAGUAGUUUCUGAGAACAUCAAGCUACAAAACAGGUUCGCCGGGCUUACGGUCGAAGAGACGGACCCACUGGACGAUCUCAUCACCAAAGUUAAGGAGAAGCAAUUGCCCAAAGUCGACCCUAUCCCGAUUGAGCAAGACGAGGAGAGUCUCGAGCACGACUUCUUCUUCGCUAUCGCGACAUUUCUUGACGAGAUCUACGACGUGCGAGCAUGGAUUGUGCGAGAGUGGGAUGAAUAUCGGCAGACAGGUGACGGUCUCACACGCGCGGCAGUGCUUUCCAAUACGGCCGUCGAUCUGGUGCGAUCUGCUGAGAACCAAUUGGAUCAGAUGCUCGUUCGUCCCAAGAAAUACCCCGCCAAGGAAUACCCUGUUUGGACUCUUCCGGCACUGCUCUACGCUCGCUUGCAUGAUUUCUGGGACGGCGAUAUCAAAGACAAUGUCGAUAAACUCGUCAAGCCGUCUAUGAGAAUCCGGCCAAACGAUCAUCCGUGCGAGCAGGAGACAUAUUCCCUGGAGGUCUUUGAGACCCUGGAAUGGGCUCAGUUCUUCGACGUCGCAAGUCAUCCCCAUCUGUCUCAUUUCGCUGUCGACGAGACUGCUCGGGGUAUCAAACACAUGAUAACUUUCAAAGAGAUUCCUAUAUGGCUCACUGUAGCGGUACAAAUGUUCUUUGACGUUGAGUCGGUGUUUCAAGAGGAGGGCACGCUUGCAGCGCCUUUUCGCGAGUACAAAGAGACUGUUCGUAAAGCCGCGCAGGAUUUCUCCAAAAUUGAUCCUAUGUCCAAAAUUGAUCCUAUCGAGCGGCCAUUCAAGGGAUCUGCGGAUUCCGACAAAAAGAUAGCCUCGCUCUAUCAGAACAUACGUAACAUCUUGAGCGACCAUCAAGACUACGCGAUUCGUGAUCGCUGGGGAAGAUUCAUCCGGAAGAUCAAGGAGGACAAGCAUGAGCCACUGAGUAAAACUGUAGACGAGCCGGAUUACGUCUUGAAAAGGCAUCCGAUCCGCUGCGGGCUUCUGAAGUACGAACUACAGCUACAGCUUAAUCACAGAGCUUCCAAAAUCGAGCAUAUGGCGGGCGACAUCCUUUACAUGGCCUGGCUAUAUGUUGCGGUAAGCCGGAUACUGCACCCGGAAAUGCCCCGAUGGCCUGACAUGGAAUAUCUACUCAACGGUCGACAAGACAAGCUGUUCUUCGGCGAAUGGCCAAAGACUCUCGACGAAGUGGGUAAGAAGAUUGAUCUCGGACGCGGCUACUCCAUUGCCAACAAGGCGAGCAAUCGGCGUUCAAAGAAGGACACCUGGGACAACAAGCAACUGCGCCGACUCGAUGACCCAACUGUGAUCGGAGAACUGUUUUUGAAGCGGAUGGGUGCGGAACCCAAAUCAACAGCAGAAGCCCACGAAUGGGUGAUGAAGUUAGUCAGCCUGGUGUGCAAGCCAGAGUCGCAGAAGAUCUUGGACCGACAAGAAAACUUACCCCAAGGUACUUACGAAACAUCGGAGUUCUUGAAGUCCGUGGAAUUGCAACGCAAGCCCUUAGCCUUGCUCGGAGAGAUUCGCCAGUGGCUCCUAGCGGAUGAAAACGACCUGCACUUCGACUGGUUCGGUAUGUUGUCUACCUGUACAGACAUCUGGAAGACAAUCAUGCCGGCAUUUCGCAAGAAUCCCGUGUUCAAAGACGACCCUAAUAUCUACAACUGGAACAUUAAUACUGUAAUCACUGUACUCAAGACAGAAUCUAUCGCGCAAGACACGGGUACGCCUAUGCCAAUUUUUGAGGCGGUUUGGGAAACUUUAAAGCAGUUCAUCCAGAUCCCAGUAUCAAAGGAAAGCGGCAGCAAAACAUGGAAGGGCGAUCUACAUUUGGCCAAGCUUGUAGACGUUUGCAACCCUGCGAUGACGUUGAUGAACCCAGGGCCUGUCAGCUUCAUGAAUCUCUAUGCAAACUGGAGUGAUGAAGACAAGAGAGACUCUCGUGUGGGCAGAGCAGUUUGGUAUGCAAUGCAGGCAUUUGGUGCUAGGACCGGGAAGGAGAAGAACACCAGAGAGAGCGUGAAAGAAGAGACAGAUGGUGAAGAGUCAGUCAGCGAGAUAUCAGCCGCCGAGGAGCCUGUCGACGAGGAACCAGCCGACAAAGAGCCAGUGAACGAUACACCCGCGGAUGAGGACGAACCCAGCGAGCACUCAGACAGCCAAGACGAUGAGACGGCCGAAAUCGACGAAGCAGCUUCGGACGCUGGUAGUGGCAUCAGUAUUCAGGAAUUCUCUUUGGACCUCAAUGCGCUCGCUAGCCAGUACAAGAACGGCGGCAACAACAUCAUCUUCAUGGGCAACAAAAUGAAAGCGCCGGUAGCCAUCAGUCGCGCGCAGAUGGGCCAGCUACGUACGGCACCCAAUGGGGACUUCGUAUUGCCCGGCGGACCCCCAAGCCGGUCUUCUCGAGUAAAAAUGCUACCCCCACGGAAGUCGAAGCGUGUUCGUGGUGUUCGUGCGAUAGCUACGACGGAAGAUGCCCCUGAUCUGUGUGCUUGCGGUCUCAGUCGGUACGGAGUGAGUGUAAGGCCGAUAACGACAAUGAACACCAAGGCAGCGAAAGUGGAGCACCAAUGUAUGGGAGCGCUAUUCGAAGGGAUCGACGUGCCGGAUCGUGAUCUUGGAGACGCUAUCAAGGUGACACGACGCAAAAUUCGAGGUUCGUAA